AGAAAUAAUAAAACCAGAUAUCCCGUCGAGGUCUUCCCAAACGGAGAGUACAAGGAGGUUAGAAGAGCAAGAAGUUGACUAGACCGUGUGUCGGUGGCGGAGCGGGGACACUUAUGCAGCUGUUGCUGGCGCAGGCGCUAGUAGAGUGGUGCGCUCGCGACUGCCCGCACGUCGCGCUCCUAUUCACAACGCCGAGCUGUCAGCUGAAUAAGGCUACAAUUCGCAGCACAAAAAACCUAACCGACUUUGUUUACAGUGGGAUUGGCCUUCGCUGUGCGCCGAAACCGCGGUCAUGCUGGGCGUGCUAUUGGCGGCGCUAGCGGCGGCGCUGGCCUGGUUGUGGGCCGUCGGCGCGCACAGCUACUGGCGGCGCCGGGGUGUCCGCCACGACCCACCGCUACCACUGUUCGGCAACAUUGCCAGAAGCUUCUUCAUGAAAAAGAGCAUGACAGAGCUCGCCGUCGAGGCGUACUGGAAGUAUCCGGAGGAGCGACUCGUCGGCUUCUACAGAGGCUACCGUCCCGAGCUCGUCAUCCGCGACCCCGAGAUCGCUAAACGCAUUCUGACGACCGAUUUCAUGCACUUCUACCGGCGCGGGGUGAAUUCGCACGACAAAGUGAUCGAGCCCAUGUUACGCAACUUGUUCUUCGCGGACGGCGACGUGUGGCGGCUGCUGCGCCAGCGCAUGACGCCAGCUUUCAGCAGCGGCAAGCUGCGCGCUAUGUUCCCUCUGAUAGUGGAGCGCGCGGAGCGACUGCAGGCGCGCGCGCUGGAGGCCGCUCGCGAUUGCCGCGAGCUGGACGCGCGCGAGCUCAUGGCGCGAUUCACCACAGACUUCAUCGGCGCCUGCGCCUUCGGACUCGAUUCGGACUCGCUCAGCGACGAGAACUCGGCUUUUAGACGGCUGGGUGCCAAGAUUUUUUCACCGUCUAAAAAAGUUUUUAUCACUGCGCUUCUUAAGCCGAUGUUCCCCGAAAUAUUUAAAUACGCAAAAAUUCAGGGAGCCGCCGAGCGGGGUAUCCUCCGCUUGGUGAGAGACAUACUGAGCCAGAGAAAUUAUCGACCGUCGAAGAGAAACGACUUUAUAGAUCUGCUCCUGGAGUGCAGGGCCAAGGGGCCCAUGGUGGGCGAGUCGAUAGAGCACUUCGCAGUCGACGGGACGCCGGCGACCGUCCAACUGGAGCUGGACGAGGAACUGAUGGCCGCACAGGUGUUCGUUUUCUUCGCGGCGGGCUUCGAGACCUCCUCGUCGGCGACCAGCUUCGCGCUGCAUCAGCUCGCCCACCACCCGGAGGAGCAGCGCCGGGCGCAGCGGGAGGUGGACCGCGUGCUGGCCGCGCACGACGGCCGGCUCAGCUACGAGGCCGUCAAGGAGAUGACUUACCUGGACUGCGUCCUCAAGGAGAGCAUGAGAAUGUUUCCUCCGCUGGGGUUCCUGAUCAGGCGGUGCUCGAGGCCGUACAAGAUUCCGGAGAUGGAGUUGACGAUCGAGGCGGGGGUCCGCGUGAUAGUUCCCCUGCAGGCGCUGCACAACGACCCGCAGUACUUCCCCAGCCCCGAGCGCUUCAUGCCGGAGCGGUUCCUGUCGAAGCGCGACGACUCCCGCGCCCGGGGACUCCACCUGCCCUUCGGCGCGGGCCCGCGGGCUUGCAUCGGCGAGCGGCUGGGACAGAUGCAGUCGCUGGCGGGGCUGGCGGGGGUGCUGGCGCGCUGUGCGGUGUCGCCGGGGCCCAGCACGCGCCGCAACCUGAGCAUCGACCCCAAGACCAGCAUCGUGCAGAGCGUGCGCGGCGGAGUGCCUCUCGUCUUCACCGAACGGGACGAUUACACUCGCUAGGUGUUCGUCAUCUCGGAGCAAAGCUUCUCGAAUCGUCAAAUGUACACACGUCACAUUUAACGAUAAACAGUUAUAUGAUUUUCCAUUUAUUUAUUUGUGAAAUUUGUCAUCUCCUUGGUUUUGG